CUGAUAUCUGGUAAAUAUUGGCUUAUUCAUUUGGCAGCUCAAGUUUUUUGUUAUUUGAAACCAGCUGACUUGGUCUUAAAUGUGAUAUCUAAACACAGAUUAAGGACAAUGGAGCAGGAGGAUUAGCAUUUCACUUGAUGGCUGAACCUAAAAUGACAGGCAUGUCGACCACGACUAGUGCACGCAAGAGAAGGACCUGCAGCGAGCCAAAUGCAGUUUUAAUGAAGCAGUCAUCAUUAGAAGAUAGUCGCCAAAGCGACCCUGUGCAACAUUAUGAUAAUGCAGGUGUAAUGAAGAAGUCCUUAGUAGAAGAUAGAGCGCAAAAAAGGUUCCGGGGUGAGCCUAUGCAACGAUAUAAUAAUGCAGUUGUGAUGAAGCAAUCUUCAUCAGAAGAGAGGCCCACAAAAAGUUCUGAUCUUUCUUCUGAUGCAUCCUCUCAUAGCCGUCAACCUAGACCAUUCCUUUCAUCAAACAGUAAAUAUCUCAAGGCUGUACUUUAUAAAAGACAUGGUAUUGCUGCUUUAAGAUCUGUAGCUGAUAUGUUGACCAAGAGUACACAAGAUUCAAUCAAGGCGAUUGCCAAAUGUCAACGUGUUAUUGAUGAUGCUAAUAGAAGUCCUCAAUGA